ACUGGAGAAACAGCAAGGGACAAAGACUCUCUCAUUAAGGACCAAUGGAGCCCAGAUGGAAUUGCAGUCUAAGCAAGGCUCUCCAACAGGCAAGAAGGAUUUGGGGGAGAAGGUCUCGGACAGCACAGUGGAGGUGUCAAUUCACAACAGGCUUCAAACGUACCAGCACAACUCCGCCCUGGGGCCCGAGAGUGGAAUGCAGCCCAGCAUGCGUCUUAACAUGCCACGGGAGCGGCUGGAGACAGCACUGGUGCCCGCGCACCCCGCCUCGGCGGGGACACUUGUACAGUGCCAGCAGAUUGUCAAAGUCAUUGUCUUGGACAAGCCGUGCCUCGCUCGGAUGGAGCCGGCCCUCAACCAGACUCUGACACGCUAUGUCACCUCCGACUCCUGCACCUCCACCCCCUGGCGCGGUAUGGGCAGCGGGCUCCCUGGGACCCCCAUGAAGCUGGUCCAUCAGCCUCCCCUGCCCCCUCCACCGCCUCCCUACAACCACCCCCACCAGUAUUGCCCCCCCAGCUCCCUGCUUCAGAGGCGCAGGUACUCCAGUGGCUCACGUAGCCUCGUGUAGCCACACCACCAGCACCAAAACAGCACAGACUACCCCGCUUCCCCUCCCCACCGCCUCCCAGGGACCCUUUCUGCCUACAGAGAUCUAGUUUGUGAUGUAUUUUUCAGUAAAAGAAGAAAAAAAGAAAAAAAAAAAGCCAACUGACCUAACUCUUACCCUGUCUCCCCUCAAGAUGAUGCUAAUUGUGAGGAGCCAUCUGUAGAACCUGCCAACCUACAUGCUCACACAUCCUCACACCCCGCCGGCCUGGCUGGCCUCUGUGCUUGUGCCGUCCCCAUGUAGCACUUUGCUGCCCUGUUCCUGAGAGGCUUGAUGACCUGCUGCUUUCUAGGCACUGUGUCUUCCGUUUCCUACUCCUCGACUUCCUUUCCUGCCUUGCAUUUACCUGGCCAUAGAUUUGUACCCAUCCUAAAAUUUUGCCAGCCUUGGAGAGAAAUGGACUCACCCGUGCCAAGGACCAACCUUGGGGCACUCCCAGGGAUGGAGUUCUCCCUGCCACCACUGCUGCCGCCUGCAAAGCUGGAGCUGAGAACUUGUACCACUUGCCAUGCUUUCUCCUCAUCACCCUUCAAGUACUAUAUCCUUGCAGCAGCCGGCUCCAAGCGAAGGAGUGCACGAGGGAAAGAGAGUUUGAGAGGAGGAGAGACCGCCCUGAGCUGCAGUACAACACAAAGAUGGCCUCACUGAACACCAAAACUAUUUCUGUUGUUAUGUUGGAUCAUUGUACCAGAGACCUCUGCUGAGACCUAGCAGACCUCACCACAUGUAAAUACACCUGUAUGGUAGCGUAUGUAUGGCGCAUGCUUACUAAAGGAAACACCAAGCAGUUCUGAGGGAGCAGAAGGGAGGGAUUCAGUCCAGGGAUCUUCCUGGAAUGGAUGUGUACUUUUCCAAAGAGCUGGCACCACGAGGUGCCCUCCCACCUCAACACACACACACACACACACACACACACACACAUAUGAUUAUCUUCUCUAAAACAGACCCACCUCUGCUUUCCUCCUUCUAGCUGAUUUUGUGUUUCCUGCCCACCUGCAUUUUUAUAUUCUGAAAGCAAAGCCAAGUGUUACAUUCACCUUCUGGGGUGGAUGUUCUUCCCUUCACUUGGGCUCUUCCACCUGUGUUAGAGGGAAGGGGCUUUUUGCAGACCACUCAUGUGAGGUUCUAUCUGUAUCUCUUGCCUGGCUGUACUCUUGCAUCCAUCAGCCCUUCCUAUAGGAAAGCUGCCCAGAUACCAAACUCCAAGGCCUCUUCUCUUCUCUCCCUCUCUGUCCCAGCUUCAAAGUGAGGGGAGGGGCAGAUCUCGAGAUAGAGAUGACAGCUCAGCUCCUCUGCUUUAUCAGGGACAUUGAUGUGAAGGAAGACGGCAUUAAAAAUGGGCUAUGGAUGUAUUUUUAGAAAAAAAAAAUCUCUUUGAGCAGUAGGGAGGGGAAGGUAUUAAUUAGCUUAAAGGCUUUGCUCUCGCUCACUCAUUCUAUCUCCCUUCGAGGCUUAAGAAGAUCAACUUUAGGAUUUUAAAAUAGGACAGAAUGCCUUUUAGGGUCUUUAUUUUUAUUUUAUUUUAUGAAGGAAAGACAGAAAUGCUCUUCCUUCCCAUGCAAGGCUGAGACAUGAGCACUGGGUGCUGAUGAUGCAACAGUUGGGUGAGGAAUAGCAGGAGUUGUCAGCAGUGGUGGGGAUGUGCAAAGUAUCAGGGAAAGAGGGACGGCGAAGGCAGAUGCAGGAAAUUCUUUUUUACCUUGUGGGGUAAAAGCCACAUGGAAAUUUCCUUAGGGAUUGUGCCAGAAUGCUCAUAUUUGGGGUUAUUGCCAGUGACAAAAACCACAGUGCAUCAGGGACUGGCUUGGCUCCCCUCGGUGCUCUCUGGAUGCCUGUGUGGUGGUGCUGCCUGUGCUGAAAUGUUCACAUGUGUGACCUGGGCUUAAGCCCAUCUGGGGUUAGGGAAGUGGACAGGGGCUGGAGUGAAGGGUCUCCUGUGCUUGGCCAGCCCUCCAGGGCAGGAGUCUGCUCACUUCCAGAUCCCCUUAUGUCUGAGGCGACUCCUGGACCCAGGUGUGCCAAGAGGUCUAGGUUGUUUGCUUGGCUGUCUGGAGCAGAGCACUAGGCUGCUGCUUUUAUACCCAGUAACAAAUGUACUGACCAGGAGCUGACAAGCAAGCAUCAGGGAGGGCUGCAGAAUCAGAUGACAGAGAAGACUGUAAGAAAACUGAACAGAAGCCAAGUCUCCCUCCAGACCAGAGAAGGUUUCUUCUAGCCAGCCCCUCGGGGCAGUUUGGAUGCUCCACAUUGCAAAGCCAGACACAGGGAGAGGUCCUCACCCCCAGCCAGGGCUCUGCCCCUCACCCUCCAGCCAGCUGUGAGGCACAGCUGGUCUGAUCUGCUGCUUACUCCCUCCAGGGUGACACCCUGACACCUCACUGCAGCCAGGAUCUCAUCGGAGAUGCCUGUAGCUUCCUGAGAAAGAUGUGUGGCUUCUGCCAUUGUCCAGCCAGUGUAAGUCAAUGUGUGGCUGCUGGUUAAUUUUUACUCACUGCUGCAACAGAAACGGUGGCAUCCAGGAGGCAGUGGCACUGCCCUCCCUUCCCAGCAGUUACUUUGCUGUCUGAGAGGAAUGGCAGUACUUGUUCAGUUUUUUUCCCAGAGUGCAGUGAGCCAACGAAGCUCUGUGUGUGUGUUAAAAUAAAUAAAUUAGAUUUUACUUGACAUUUAACACAAAGUGACAACAGCAAAAAACCUUAAGGUACUUGAGGAAAUAAUUUUUUUUAGAUAAAAUAUUUAUAACAAUGUCUGUGAAGUUCCUACAAGAGAUGUUUGCUGCUUUAAUAAUUGAUUGGGAAAGCUACAAGAAUUUAAAGAAGAAAUAAGGAAGCUUCCAUGAGACUCCCUUCUUCAUGCUGGAUGAAGGGUGGAAGCGAGUUAACUGAAGUGCCGAGGUACCUGAGGCACAGUAUUCUCUCAGGGCAAGUUGGCUCCGUUUCCCUGACCUUACAAAGGCUACUGCUGGCCUUAAGCCUUGGAUAGAGAAGCAAAUGGAGAUAACCCUUGCUGUCUUCUAGCCUGCUGGCUACCACAUCUUCUGUUGUGUUUGGCUGGAGAGACACAAAACUACUCUAUUCCGGGUUGUCAUGGAGCAGGUUGAUCUAAAUUCUACUGUGUAGCUGAGCCCUUCGGACUUCACUUCAAAAUACAGAUUUUUUUUUUUUUUCCUUUGGAGGUUGGUCUCGAAGGAUGACAAGCACUUUAAAACAUAUCUGCACCUCAUCUGAUCUAUUGUAUUGUCUGCUCCCACAGCCCUCCCACACGCCAGCGAGACACAGACUCAGUGUAGCUGUACUGCUGUGAGUAGACACCCUUGCACACAGACUGAUGGAGUGCAGGCUGGAAGGAGCGUGUCAGUGACAACCUAAUGAAGGACAAAAUGUGUAACACAGCUCACCCAGAGGGAUCAGCCCGAAGAAAAAUCACCAGCUAUUGACAGCAGUGAUUCUGAUCAUGAACCUAGCACAAUCUUUCAGGUGGAAGGGUCAGGCAGGAAGCUGCUGCAGAGAUUAGCUCAACCCAAAUGAAUGUCUUUUUGCUGCCAAAUUCAUGUCCUUUUAUAUUAAAAAAGGAGACAGGGAGGAGAGAGAAAAGAAAAACCCAGUGAAAGGUACUCUGCAGUGACUGUUGGAUAGUCAGUGGCCAAAUGAGAAGGUGGCUUUGCUGGACAGUAGGAGAGAGCAAGAUGUUACUGAGGUUUGCAGAGCUGUGUUACACAAUCUGUCAGGCUCCGUCCUGAUGCUUUCUCAUGCUGGUGCAGGCCCAGUGAAAAUCAUCUGUUUGCACCAGUAGCAAAGAGAUGGAAAAACGCAACAGGAGAAUCAAGCUUUGCAAACAAUUUGGGUUUAAUGCAGUGUUUGUCGUCUGCUGUGGUACUUUUUUACACCAUAGUCUGGCCCACUGGGGUAGCAACACUUAGUGCUUUCACAAGGCUUUCAAAGCAUCCCACUGUUCAUGUUUUCUCUCUUUCCUGUAGAUAAAAGGCGUGAGUAUGGUCCACAACCAGAAUUUUGUCAAUACUCAUACUUCCUCACAAAAGGUACCACCAGAUUUGGAGGUAUUUGAGGGCCUCUGAGCUGUAAGGGUUUGAGUUUUGUUACGUUUUUCAGGAGGCUCAACCUGCAACUAUCUGCACGUGUUUGUGAGGUUUCCAAAACAAAUCUGAGCCCCAAAUCAAGGAUGCUGCUGCUUGGCAGAGUCUCUGCUUUGAAAUGCAAGUUGCUGAGCAAGCUCCCCCAUCUCCCACUCCACCAGCUGCCUCACUGUGCUAGUGCAGGCUCCAGGGAUUGCCGGCAGUGUUUUGUGAGCUAGAGCUGUCCUUGUUCUGCCCUCUCUUUUGCAGCCAUGCCUUGGACAGCAGCUUUGAAGUCACCCAGCUCUUCCAACACUAGUCACCGCCCCAUCUGAAUGUGUCUUUUUAAAAUCUAACAACAGAAGUGUUACCUGUGCGUAGGCUUUUGAAAGCACCUGUCUGUCUGUACCUGUCUCCUGCUGUAAAUACCACCAAGAAAAGCUUCCUUUGGGAAAAGUGGUGUGGUCACACCUAGCAAAGAGUCCAAAUGGCUAACAUUUUGUAACAAAACAACAAAAAUAGAUCAGAGGUAUUUUAUCUGUUCAACUAAUAGAGUUUUAGAAAUUAUAUUGAGAUAUGUCA